AUGUCAUUCCUUUCCGAGAGGACAGGGCUCGCCGUAGUAUUACAAUAUCUUUUGCCUAUACCUGUUAAGAGAUGGGUUCGAUCUUCUCCGGUUGGUGGUUUAUGCAACGGAAAGAGAAGAUGGAUAGAGCAUACAUGGAAUCACAUCGCACAGGCAGGCAUACAGUAUAUUAAGUUUCAAGUCACGGAGAACAGAUAUCACAAGGUUUCCGAGAACCACACAAUUGACGCACCCAUAAUAACUCCACGCAAGACCGAUGACGAUGGCGAAUGA